AUCCUGGCCCUGGCUGAUCGCCUCACUCCCUCACCUGUGUAUUUUUGCUCCCUGUUAAUCACCUGCCUGGCCUCAAUGAGCCUCAGCUGUCCCUAAUGAUCACUCCUCACCUGUGUAUUUAGUCUGUGCUGUUUCCUUGGUCAGUGCCAGUUCGUCUUUUCUGUAUAGCAGAAAGUGCUCCAUGUUACUCUCCUGACUAACACACCUCCAACAUGUCCCUCCUCACACACCUGUUGGCGUGUUUGUUCGGGAUGGGCUCCUGGGUCUCUAUCAACGGCCUGUGGGUGGAGCUGCCCCUGAUCGUGCCCCAGAUCCCGGAGGGUUGGUACCUGCCCUCGUACCUCUCCGUCCUCAUCCAGAUGGCCAACAUCGGGCCUCUCUUCGUCACCCUGAUGCACCGCUUCCGGCCCGGCGCCCUGAACGAAGCAGCCGUCAUAUAUCUGAUCAUCGGGGUGGGCACCGUGGCGACCUUCCUGAUGGGAUUCUUCUGGAAGGAGACCGUCGUUGUGGGGGGGGUUUCUCGCAGUGUAGCCCUCCUGGUCCUGACCUUCUUCCUGGCGACUGUAGACUGUACUUCCUCCGUCACCUUCCUGCCCUUCAUGAUGCACCUGAAGACUCAGUACCUGACCACGUACUACAUCGGGGAGGGGGUGAGCGGCCUGCUGCCUGCUCUGGUGGCUCUGAUCCAGGGGGUGGGAGUGGUCCACUGCAUAAACAGCACUCAGUCUCUGAACCACACCAUGAACUCCUCCAGCUCUGUGACCCUUGACCUCCGGGCCGAGUACCAGCCAGCUAACUUCUCAGCGGAGGUGUUUUUCUUCUUCCUCAGUGCCAUGAUGCUGGUGUGCCUGCUGGCGUUCCUGAUGCUAAACUACCACCCAUCUGUGGCCAGGGAGCACCCCGAUGGUCGAGUGAAGGAGAAAUCUCAGAGGAACAGGAAGUGGGCGGAGGAGAAGCGCAUGAUGGAUCCAUUGAGACCCGAAAACACGAAGCGUAGGAGCGGCUUCGGGGCAGGGUCCUACAGCUGGGCGCAGGUGGUUUAUAUCUUUGUGGUCCUGGCCUGGGUCAACGCUCUGACCAACGUGGUGCUCCCCUCGGUGCAGUCCUACUCCUGCCUGCCGUACGGAAACAACGCCUAUCACCUGUCUGCCACCAUGGCUGCUGUGGCAAACCCUCUCGCCUGCUUGAUCGCAAUGUUCUUCCCUAUAAGAUCCCUGCUGUUGAUGGGAGCGCUCACAGUGACAGGAAGUGGAGUUGGAGUGUAUAUAAUGGCUAUGGCAGUGCUGAGCCCAUGCCCACUGUUGGUUAAUGAAACCUCAGGGGGGGUCAUCAUGGUGUUGGCCUGGAUCCUGUUUAUCCUCACUCUGUCCUAUGUGAAGGUGAUCAUCGGUUUGAUCCUGCGCGACGAGGGCCACAGCGCCCUGGUGUGGUGUGGAGCGGGGGUGCAACUGGGCUCUCUACUGGGGGCUGUCACCAUGAUUCCAGUGGUCAACGUGUACAACUUCUUCUCAUCAGGGGACCCAUGCAACACAAAAUGCCCCUGAAUGAAGAAGUGAUGAGAAGAGACUGGAGGCGGAUUCGGUAAAGACACAUGCUUAUUGGAUCCAAGAUAUUCAAUAGAGGCAAUCUCUAAACGCUUUUUUCCCCUUUUUAUUAACAUGAUCGACCUACUUUGAAACAUCUGAAUUUCCCAUUUAAGUACUGUGGCCGAUGCAUGCAAAGCAAGCCUAAAUUAGUUAUGCCUUGAUUAUGCUGCCGUAGACAAGAGGAAACGUUUUCAGAUGUACUGAAGAUGCUCACUUUCAAACCCUAAUAAUAUGCAUUCAACUUAAUGCAAAUAAAGUGUAAAAAUGUACUCAUACAACUUAAAUAACUAAACGUACUAACUUACUUUAUUACCCAAUCUGAAAAAACAUCGGACAGGAAGUGGAAGACAAUGUUUUGUAUUUUGUAAAGUAACUAAAACUAUUAGACAAAUGUAAUGGAGAAAAAAGUACAAUUUCUGCCUCUGAAAUCUAGUGGAGUAAAAUACAUAGAAAACAAUAAAAUAGGAAUACUUGUAGUAGUUCUACAAUUGAUCACAUUGAAUUAAGAAAUAAGCAUGGGGAAAUUCUCAAUUUUAGUUUUUAAGAACUUUUAAUAAAAAGCAUAAUUGCUAUUCCAAGCUUUACAUUAUACUCAUUUGUAUGUAGCCUACUGGUCUUAUUUUUCGAGCAUAUGGACUGACAGUUUAUUUGGUCUAAAGUGUCAUUUCCGUUUUCUGGUCAACCGGGUAGUGUGAUAAAAUUUAACAAUAUCUGUUACAAAACAUCUGGUACAAUAAUAACAACAAAAAAGACAUAUAUUGAAACAAAUGAUAAUAAUCAAGCAGGCCCAUUCUACAUGUGCUUUAAUCAUAUUUAUUGAGACGACAUAACAGUAUAAAUAUAUCAUUUCAAUAUUACUAAAUGGAUCAUAUUUCGGUGGAUUACAUGAAAAACACACAUUGUUAAAUAGUCAGGUGGCAGCCCGUGUCUACCCUUAGUGUUUUCUUGUGGUCAAAACAUGAGAAACAGCCACACACAGAUUGACGGUAUACAAAGGUAUGAAGGCAGACAUAAU